AAGAAAACACGGACAAUACUGACGGAAAAACCGACCGAAAAAAAUCUGUCAGGAUUUUCCAACGGAAUUCCGACGAAAACUUGUCGGAAAUAUAUUUCGGUAAAUUCGUCGGAACUGCGUCGGAAAAUCCUGACAGAAUACAUUCGUCGGUAUUUCGUCAUACGAUCCCGACAGAAAACCGACAAAAAACUGACAAAUAUAUGACCGUUGCAAAAAAUUGACACAUACCGACGAAAUACCGACGGCAUACCGACCAUGAAAGAAUUCGGUCAUAAUUCCGUCGGUUUUUCCGACGGAAUACCGACGGAUUGAACAGCCGUUAUACUUCCCGACUGAAAACCGACGAAUUUGCAGCCGUUGCACUUCCCGACGAAAUACCGACGGAUUAUGUAGCCGUUAGUGUCCGUUUAAAUUACCGACGGAACGCCGACGGGUUUAGGACGUUAAUUUAGCCGUUAUGAUUCCCGACGGAAUACCGACGAAUAUUUUCCGUCGGAAAGAUUUCCAAUUCAUUAUAAAUACGACCUCUCCUUCAUUCAUUGAAAUCACAACAAAACAAUAUAAAUUAUGGGUACUCCUUAUAAUUUCCGUUCUUGGUUAGAUCAACCUCAUAUGGAUCCAAAUACAAAUUUACUUACGGAGGAAUACGCACGUGGUAUUCAAGAAUUCAUGGGGGUGGUUCAAAGUCAACCGGAAGCAAGAACAAGUAAGUAUUUAUUAUGUCCAUGUUCUACUUGUAAGAAUAAUAUCCGUGUCAAAAAAAUGGAAGUAUGGAGUCAUUUAUAUUUGAAAGGAUUUACACGUGGUUAUAAGAUUUGGUAUCUUCAUGGAGAAAGAUUUGAGUAUGGUAGUAGUAGCGAACCUCAAACUGCCGAUAGGUUAGAUGAACCUACCACGGAUGUAGAUUUUGGGAUAGGGACUGUUCAGAUGGUAUAUGAUGCAUAUGGAGAAAAUUUACCGUCGGGUGAAGAGGAAGGAGAUAGACAAGAACAACCCAAUGUAGAAAAUUUCCCAUGUGAAGAGGAAGGCGAACGAGAACAACCCAAUCUAGAAGCCAGAAGAUUUUUUGAAAUGUUAGAUGCAGCUAAGCAGCCAUUGUAUCAAGGAUGUAAAGAUGGGCAUUCACCUUUAUCAUCCGCAAGUCGAUUGAUGGCGCUAAAGACUGACUAUAAUUUGGCUGAAGAAUGUGUGGAUGCGAUUGCAGAUUUUGUUAAAGAUGUUCUUCCUGAAGAUAAUCUUGCACCUGGCUCAUAUUAUGAGGUACAAAAAUUGGUCGCUGGUCUUGGCUUACCAUAUCAGGUGAUAGAUGUAUGCAUCGAUAACUGCAUGAUUUACUGGAGAGCAGAUGAGAACAGGGAGAGAUGUAAAUUCUGUCGGAAACCUCGUUAUCAGGAUACGACUGGAAGAGUUCCGGUGCCAUACAAACGAAUGUGGUAUUUGCCGUUGACUGAAAGAUUAAAGAGGUUAUAUCAGUCUGAACGAACAGCAGAACCAAUGAGAUGGCAUGCUGAGCACUUAACAAAUGGUGAGAUAACACAUCCUUCCGAUGCAGAGGCGUGGAAGCAUUUUCAAUCAACAUAUCCAGAAUUUGCAUCUGAGGUAAGAAAUGUGUAUCUUGCAUUAUGCACAGAUGGUUUCAGUCCAUUUGGAAAGCAUGGAAGACAAUAUUCAUUGUGGCCGGUAAUCUUGACACCUUACAACUUACCACCACAUUUGUGUAUGCGACGGGAGUUUUUGUUCCUCUCAAUUCUCGUUCCCGGGCCAGAUCAUCCUAAGAGGUCACUGGAUGUGUUUCUUCAGCCAUUGAUAUAUGAGCUGCAAUUAUUAUGGGAGCACGGUGUUCAUACAUACGAUGUUUCGCGGAAAGAGAAUUUUCAGAUGCGAGCAGUACUUAUGUGGACAAUAAGUGAUUUUCCAGCAUAUGGUAUGUUAUCUGGAUGGACCACGCAUGGGAGGCUAUCAUGUCCUUAUUGCCAAGACAACACAGAUGCUUUCCAACUAAAAAAUGGUCGGAAAUCGUGUUGGUUUGACUGUCACAGGAGAUUUCUACCACACGAUCAUCCAUAUCGUAAGAGUAAGACAUUGUUUACAAAGAACAAGAGGGUGUUUGACAGUCCACCUGAAGAAGUAAGUGGCAAAAAGUUGAAGGAACAAUUAAGAGAUUUUGGUGCAGAUAGAACGGCAGACGUGGGUGGAAACGGACAUGAACCGAUUUAUGGUGUAGGGGAAAAUCAUAAUUGGCAUAAGAAGAGUAUCUUCUGGGAUUUGCCCUAUUGGGAGACUCAUUUGUUGCGGCACUGUUUAGAUGUCAUGCAUAUUGAGAAGAACUUUUUCGACAAUUUGAUGAACACCAUCCUUGAUGUCCAAGGCAAGACGAAGGAUAACUUGAAGUCAAGACUGGAUUUGGUUGAUAUUUGUGCUCGUCCCGAACUUCAUGUUGAUGAGCACGGUAAAGGUCCUAUUCCCAUAUAUCGACUGGAUGCAACUGCAAAAGAAGAGUUUUUUGAUUGGAUAACACACAGUGUUAAAUUUCCAGACGGUUAUGCAUCAAGUUUGCGUAAUUGUGUUGACAAAAGUGAAGGGAAGUUUACUGGCUUGAAGAGCCAUGAUUGUCAUGUAAUGAUGCAGCGCCUCCUUCCUUUUGCGUUUUCCGCACUAUUGCCACGAAAUGUCCACGAAGCAAUCGCAGGGAUAAGUGCUUUCUUCCGUGAUUUAUGCUCGAGAUCACUCACAUCAGAUGGUAUCCGCAAUUUGGAAGUUAAAAUACCGGUGAUCCUAUGCAACCUCGAGAAGAUAUUUCCUCCAUCAUUUUUUGAUGUUAUGGAGCAUCUUGCUAUUCAUCUUGCGAGAGAAGCGGCACUCGGUGGUCCCGUGCAGUACAGGUGGAUGUAUUUGUACGAACGGUUUAUGUUUCAUCUGAAGAAGAAGGUCAAGAAUUUAAGCAAGGUGGAGGGAUCAAUAGUGGCUCAGUGCAUCAAUGAGGAAACCUCAAACUUUGCUGAAUACUACUUUCCAUCAGAAGUUCGAACAAAAAGUCGAAGACCUGCACGGCAUGAUGAUAGAGGUGAAAGGGCAACUUAUUAUGUUUAUGUGCCAAACAUGUUUACACAAAUUGGACGACAUAGUGGAAAGUCAACGGACCGGAUACUUACCGUAGCUGAGCAUGCUCAUUUGCACACAUAUUUGCUUACAAACUGCGAAGACAUUCUUGAAUAUGAGAGUAUUUACUUGGCAGAGAUGCGCUUAAAGUACCCGGAUGCGACAGAAGAACAACUCGAACAACUCAAGCAAAACAACUUUGCAACAUGGCUUUCUGAUUAUGUAAGCCAUUGUUUAGCUAUUGGCCACCCACCUAAAGAUUGGUUACGUGAGAUAGUUUGUGGUCCAAAGUUUGUUGCAAAGUCAUAUCCGAGAUAUUGCACACGAGGAUAUGCAUUCAGAGUUCUUAAGGAAAAUACUGUAAGGAGAACAAUUGAUUGUGGGGUUUCUUCGUCAUCCGGAGACGAUGUCUACUACGGUAACGUACGCGAGAUUUUGGAAAUUCAGUACCCGGGAAUGAUUGGCAUGAGAUGUAUUGUCUUCAACUGUGAGUGGUACGACAACGUUGUUGGUCGCGGAGUAAGCACUGACGCAUUCGGUGUUACAUCUGUACAUUCGCGACGACGACUGGAUUUUUACGAUCCAUUCAUUCUUGCUUCACAAGCUGACCAGGUUUGCUAUAUUCGUUAUCCGCGGAUUAGGCAAAGGAACGAUCCUUGGAUCGUUGUCAUGUCAAUAAAUCCCAGAAGCCGAGUACAAGGAGUAUUUGAUCCACUACAACAACAAUUAACCGAAGAGGACGGCGAGAUUGGAGAGUUUGACGAAGACAAUUCAGAUUCAUCAUGUUCAUCAUCAGAUAAUUCCUCAGAUGGAGAGUAGAUACUCUUUUAUGAAUGUAUAUGCAAAUUACUUUUAAACAUUGUAGAUUUCUUCUAAAAACAAAUUAUGGGUUUGAAACGUUGUAUACUUUUAAAUUACAAAAAAUAAAUUAGAUUUGUUGAUUCUAAAAUCGAACGGUUUUGAUUGAUUGAUUAUAUACGGUUUUGAUUGAAUGGUUAUAUAUAUGUCAUGUUCAAAGUUAAAAUACCGACGGAAAAAACCCGUCGGUUAUCCGUCGGUUCAUUAAAUGAAUACAUAAGAGAAAAUCUCUUCUUUUUCCUCAUUUCUUCCCCGUUUUCUCUCUCUCUCCGCCCAGCCCCUCCUCCGAUCCUCCCUCGCGAUUUCCGGCGAUUCCCUCCUCCUCCCUCGCGAUUUCCGACGUAAUCCCCCAAAUUCGACCUCCUCUUUCACCCAGUCAUGGAUGAACCACCUCCUCUUAUAGUUAGACGUCGUUUUCGCCGGGGUACUUCUUCAGUCACUCAGAGUACGUCACCCGCUAGUAGCCCAGUUGCAGCUACCACUCCUCCAGCAGCCCCCACCCCUCCAGCAGCCCGCACCCCCCCUUCUGUAGCUUCCGGCCCUUCUCAAAGUUCAAGAGGAGGAGGAUUGCCUACUACGAUGACUGUUGCGGAGUUAGUUAGGCAACCUGGCCGAGAAUCGCUUCAGCGCCUUGAUCCAAAUUAUCUUAUUGUCCCAAACACCACUUGGUAAGUAUUUGUUUUAAAAGGUUCUUUCAUUUUAUAUUCAUCUUUUACAUUUAAUUGUGUUUGGUUUUAUUUCGUAGGUUUGAUUUGUCUGGCAAUGGUAUCACCAACAGCCUUCUUAGGAUGGAGUACACGAUGCUAAAGCGUGGUUAUCCAACUUUCUAUGACAUGCCUGCAGAAGAUCAAGAACUUUGGUUUCGGCAAUUUGCGGUAUAUGUUCUCAAUUUUUAAUAUUAUAAAUUUUUUUCCACCAAUUGUAACUUUCUAAAAAAAAAUUUAUAUUUAUUUUGCAGCAAGAGUUCACUUGGGAAUCAGGGAUUACCGAACAAGUGAAAAUUGUUUUCCGCCGCAAAGCAGCUUCGCACUACACCAAGCGGAUCAAUGAGUGGAAGCAAAAAUUCGAUGUUGGUGAGGUCCCGAAGCACAUCAACCCAGACGUUUGGCGGGAUUUGUGUGGUCAUUGGACGAAAGAUGAGACAAAGUCUUUGUCGACAAUCAACUCGCAAAAUCGGUGUAGCAGCCGUGGCGGGAAAGGGAUGUUUGUCCACAACUUAGGGGCAACAAGUUUACAGACCCGAGCACUUCAGCUAGUAAGUUUCUAAUCUGAUUUUCUUAUUCAUUUUUAAAUAUGUGAUACUAAAUAUAUUGUUUUUAGAUGAAGGAAAACGGUGGAGUUCCCGUAGAUGAUUUUACCCUGAUGAAGAAUGCCUAUACCAACAAGAAGACUGGCGUGAUUCAGGAUGGACUUAUUCAGGACGUAAUCCAGGUCGUGGAAAAUCGAAAAGAGGAUCUCCUCGCGACUCAAGCUUCUAUGUGUGAAGAAGGCGAUUCUGCAUCUUCCAACUCCUUAACCGUAGAGCAACUCAACAACCUUGUUCUCGAGGUACAUUCUAAUUUCUUUUUGCUAUGUAUGUGUGAUAUGUGUGUGUGCGUGAGUAUGUGUGUGAUAUGUAUUUGUUAUUUCUCAUUCAGGCUGUUCCAAGGAAAAAGGGCCGUUAUGUUGGAUUGGCUCGUUCGACCGGAGGGGCUUCUUCUUCUUCUUCAGCUCACUAUCCACUGGUUCAUGAGCUUAUGGAGCAGAUUAAGACCAAAGAUACGGAGAUUGAGUUCCUCAAGAAUGACAAUGCUGAAAUCCGGGUUGAGCUGCAGCAAAACCGAACGACUAUGGAGCAAAACAAUGUUCUCACCCAGACCUUGUUGCAGAAGUUUAGGAGCCGAUUCGGUGAAGACUUUUAGUUGUUUUUUUAAUUU